AUGGGUUGCAUGCAUGUUCCUGGGAAGGGCCUGUCCCAGUCGGCUCUGCCCUAUUGCCACAGCGUUACCACCAGGUUGAAGUUGACGUCUGAUGAUGUGAAGGAGCAGAUUUACAAACUGGCCAUGAAGGGUCUGACUCCCUCACAAAUUGGUGUGAUACUGAGGGAUUCACAUGGUGUUGCACAAGUACGUUUUGUGACUGACAAUAAAAUCUUGAGAAUCCUUAAGUCCAAAGGACUUGCUCCUGAUCUUCCUGAGGAUCUCUAUCAUUUAAUUAAGAAAGCAGUUGCUGUUCGAAAGCAUCUUGAGAGGAAUAGAAAGGAUAAGGAUGCUAAAUUCUGCCUGAUUCUGAUACAGAGUCGAAUUCACUGA